CCGCGGCCUGGAGCGCGCCUCCCUCGCCGCCCAGGGUCUGGCGAGCCGGCGCCGGCCGAGCUGCGGGAGCCGCCGGAGCAGCGGAGAGCACCAGGCGCCGCCGCCGCGGGAGCUGCUCCGGCCGCACCAUGCGAGAGCUGGCCAUCGAGAUCGGGGUGCGAGCCCUGCUUUUCGGGGUCUUCGUUUUUACAGAGUUUUUGGACCCAUUCCAGAGAGUCAUCCAGCCGGAAGAGAUCUGGCUCUAUAAAAAUCCUUUGGUGCAAUCAGACAACAUACCUACGCGCCUCAUGUUUGCUAUUUCUUUCCUCACACCCCUGGCUGUUAUUUGUGUGGUGAAAAUUAUCCGGCGAACUGACAAGACUGAAAUUAAGGAAGCCUUCCUAGCGGUGUCCUUGGCCCUUGCUUUGAAUGGAGUCUGCACAAACACUAUUAAAUUAAUAGUGGGAAGACCUCGCCCCGAUUUCUUUUACCGCUGCUUUCCAGAUGGAGUGAUGAACUCAGAGAUGCACUGCACAGGGGACCCCGACCUGGUGUCCGAGGGCCGCAAAAGCUUCCCCAGCAUCCAUUCCUCCUUUGCCUUCUCGGGCCUUGGCUUCACGACGUUCUACUUGGCGGGCAAGCUGCACUGCUUCACCGAGAGCGGGCGGGGGAAGAGCUGGCGGCUCUGUGCCGCCAUCCUGCCCUUGUACUGCGCCAUGAUGAUCGCUCUGUCCCGCAUGUGCGACUACAAGCACCACUGGCAAGAUUCCUUUGUCGGUGGCAUCAUCGGCCUCAUUUUUGCCUACAUCUGCUACAGACAGCACUACCCGCCUCUGGCCAACACAGCUUGCCAUAAACCGUACGUCAGUCUCCGAGUCCCAACCUCGUUGAAGAAAGAGGAGAGGCCCACGGCCGACAGCGCGCCCAGCUUGCCUCUGGAGGGGAUCAGCGAGGGCCCUGUAUGACUAGUGUCCUGGGAGGACGGCCGCUGAGCCCCGGGCACGCUCUUCCACCCUGAUGUCAUAACACAAUAGAAAAGGUUCUCCCUCGUGUGUUUCUCAUCAGUUGUUUGUCCAAGUUACCCUCCUCCUGCUUCCAUCUUGCUGGCGGUAUUCCUGCUGCUUUUGAUGUCUUUCUUUCACCAUUCUUGCAUUUGCAAGGGAAGGACACCAGGAACAUUCUCCGAGAGCCGUGUGGACGGAGGCUGCAGGGGUGGGGUGGGCAGCUCGGCAGGUUCCUCUAUCUGAAACAAUUGCUGUGUAGCCGCCUUCCCGUGUUUUCAUGGUUGUAAAACAUAAUAAAACCUCCCCCCUGGAAGGCUUGGUGUUGGCC